ACCUCCUUUUCAACUUCUUUUCGAACACGCUAUCAGCACGUUUCAUACAUCCCGAACACGUGCGGUUAUAAAACCACGUUUUUGAUUCAUAGUUUUUGAAAAUAGUUAACCACGCGUUAAAUAUGCAGAAUAAAGUAGACAGAAAACGUAAAUUUGGCGGUGAAGGUAAGAAAAAUCAGACGAAAGGUCAAAAGAGUCCAACAGAAUCAGUUGCUGCGCAAAACGACAAGAAAAAGAUGAUGAAAAGGAAAGCCCCGAAAGAAAAUGGGGAUGCCGAUGGGAAGAAAAAGAAGCUGGCAUUCGGUGGUACCGCAAAUUUAGAUGGUAAAAAAGAGGGUGCGGAAGAAAAUGGAGGGAAGGUAAUGAAUAGCGCGCAACGUAAACGAUUAAGGAAUAAGCAAAAAAGGCAAAUGAGUCGACAUUCUCUUGGUAAAAUUAUUGGCGAGAUGCAAAAAGGUGACGCAGAUCGUAUUCAGUCUGUUAAAAAUAAGAUAGAAGCAAUUAAAUCGAGGGAUACAAUAACUAACAAUGCUAGGAGGAAGUUAAGAAAGUUGGAAGGUAUUUUAAGAUUAUGCGGGAUUCCAGUAGAAACAUCAACCGGAAAGAAGGUUUCCCCAAAAGGAAAGAAUCAAAAAACUAAAAAUGCGUCACAAAAAUCUAAAAAAGCUGCAGUAACUAAAGAAGAAUCUGAUGAAAAUGAUGCCGAAGAAGAAGAAGAUUCUGAUAUGGAAGAUUCCACUGCAAACACUUCCCAAGAAUUCCUAUCUUUAGAAGGUGAAGACUCUGAAGAAGAUGAUGACGAUGAAGAGGAUGAUGAAGAUGAUGAAAGUGAGGAAGAGGAUGAUGAGGAGGAAAAACCAACACCGACAAAACAAACUUCUCCAAAUAAUAAGUCUCAACAAAAAGGAAAAUCUCGUUAUGUCGUUUUUGUAGGAAAUCUACCUUACGAUAUAGAAAAACAGCAAUUGAUGGAUCAUUUUGAGAAAGUUGGCGAAAUUCAUGAUAUCCGCAUAGUUACAGAUCCAAAAACAAAGAAACCUAAAGGAUUUGCAUAUGUAGAGGUUAAGAAUGAAGAUUCUUAUCAAAAAGCUUUAGGUCUUCAUAACACGUUUAUUAACGGUAGGAAAAUAAACGUUCAAUACACGCAAGGUGGAAAAAAGAAGGGCGAAGAUGCCAAAAAAGAGAUAAAAGCGAAAAAUAUGAAGUUACAAGCGAUGAGGAAGGAAGGAAAGUUUGGCGGUAAAAAUCCAUCUCAAAAGAGAUCGCAAAGACGAAUGAAGCAAGGGUCUAAAUAAGGAUGAUAAUAAUUUUUUUUAAUUUUAAUUACAUUGAUGACUUCGUUUAUUUUUGGAUACUAUCAACUUAAAAAUGAUUAACGUUUGCUGUUAUUAUUAUCUUUAAGUAUUGGUGUCAUUUUGUAAUGUUUAAGAAUACAAUAUAAAAAAAACUAUUCCAAAUAA